UUCUUUUCAUUUCUUGUAUUUAAUAGAUUUUUUUUUUCAAAGGAAUAAUAUUCUGAACUAUGAUAAAAUGGAGGAAUGGAGCUAACUUUGACAACCACUGUUUCGUCUUUAAGUUCAUUUGAAAAUGUGCUUGUUUUAAUGAUAAUCAGUAUUAUUAAGAUAUUUUUUGUAUUACCUUUAUUCUAAUAAUUAACAUUAAAAUGUUAUCAAACGUAUUAAAAUCUGUAUUUGGUUAUGAUCAUUUUAAAAGUGACAUUCAGGAACGUGCCACUACUGCUAUUUAUAAAGGUAAACAAGAUGUUUACGUAUGUAUGCCCACUGGAUCAGGCAAGUCACUUUGCUUUCAAUUACCUGCAAUAAUGAAGGAAGAUAAAGUUACAAUCGUAUUUUCACCGCUAUUAGCUCUAAUGAAGAAUCAAGUGGAUUUUUUAGUUAGUAAGAAAAUUAAGGCAGUUUCGUUAAAUUCAAAUACAUCUGUCAAAGAUAGAAAUGCAAUAAUGAAAGAAUUAUCAUCUAAUUCACCAAAAAUUAAAUUAUUAUAUGUUACACCUGAAAUGGGAGCACAACAGCAUUUUCAAGAGAUUGUAAUGAAGUUGCAAAAAUCUAAGGCUCUAUCUUAUUUUGUUGUUGAUGAAGCACAUUGUUUAAGUCAAUGGGGUCAUGAUUUUAGACCUAGUUAUAGACAAUUAGGUAUAUUUAAAAAACUUUGCCCUAAAAUUCCUAUAAUUGCUCUAACUGCUACAGCUGCGAAAGAGGUAGUUGAUGACAUAUUACAGACAUUGAACAUGAAAAAUCCAUUAAAAUUUUCAACUCCAGUCUUUCGUUCUAAUCUUUAUUACGAUGUAUGGUUUUUAGAUAUAUUAGAUAAACCAUUUGAUCAUCUUAAAAAUUUCAUUGUGGAAGCCCUUGGUCCAUUAAAUGAUUCUAUGCCAAAAGCUAAAAGAAAUUGUGGCAUUAUUUAUUGUAGAAAAAAGGAAACCACAGAAAUUAUAGCUAAUAAAUUGAGUACGUUUAACAUUCCAACUUUGGCAUAUCAUGCUGGUUUGAAAAAUCAAGAACGUAAUGAAGUUCAGAAUAAGUGGACAGUAGGUGAAGUACCAGUUAUUGCAGCGACAUGCAGUUUUGGAAUGGGUGUUGAUAAACCAACUGUAAGAUUUGUAGUACAUUGGACAGUUCCACAAAAUAUUGCAGCAUAUUAUCAGGAAUCUGGUAGAUCAGGUAGAGAUGGUAAUCCAGCCUUUUGUAGGAUAUAUUUUAGUAAUGAAGAAUUUGGAGCUAUAUCAUUUUUAAUAAAAGAAGAACAUUCUCAGAAAAAUACAGAACUUGGAAAAGUACGAUGGAAGAAUUUUGAAAAAAGUGUUGCAUAUUGUCUUGAGGCCAAAUGUCGACAUGGUGUAUUUUCUAAAUACUUUGGAGAUAGCCCACCUGCGUGCAAAAAUCGUUGUGAUGUAUGUAAAAAUAAAGAUAUUGUUCAAGCAAGAAUUUCUCAAUUUGAAAUGUAUCGACCACGAUCAGGUACAUAUUCGAAAAAAUCUUCGAGUAUGACAGAUGGUUUUGCACUUUCUAAAUAUGAUGAUAUGAAUGAGUAUGAAGAAUCAAGUUCAAGAGAAAGACUAAUCACCAGUGCUAAACGAGAAACUAAAGAAUUCAUUGAAAAGCAGUUUUCUUUGCGUCGAAAUAACAAUCGUAAUGAAGAAGUACGGAAACAAAAUGAUAAAGAUGCUGAACAAGCUAAUGUUCGCGCUGCUGAUAGUUCUGAUAUAAAAAUAAAGGGUUUAACUGUACAACUACGAGAAUAUUUUUAUGAUAGAUUAAAAACGGUUUUAUAUGAAAAUUAUAAACACGUGUGUGAAAAACUGGAGAAAAAUUUUCAAGAAAAAGAUAUGCAUAAUAUUGCUUAUCAAUUAGAAUACAAUAAGCUCUGUAGUACAACACUUCUUAACAAGUACAAAUUUGAUAUGUCUAAAUUGAUUUCGUCUAUACGAAAAUGUACUGAUAGCAAUACGCCACACGAAGCAUUAAAAGAAUAUAGUAUUAAUAAUGAAGAUAAUUCUAAAAAAGCAACAUCUAAAACAGAGAAUAUGAAUUUAAAUGAUGGUCAAAACAGAUUAAAGAGUAAUAAUACAAUGAAAAAGGAAAAAACUAAACAAUGCAGUAUCAUGUCAUAUUUACAAAGUAAAUCAAGUAAUAGUUCUCAUGAUACCACAUUUAAGACAGCUUUAGAAAUCAAAAAUAAAAAUCAACUAAAAGAUAGUGAAAAGAAUGAAUCUAAUAAAAAUUAUAAUUUAACUGGUAUUAAUAACGAAAUUAAAAUAACGAUGACUGAACAUGAAGAAAGAGAAACGACGAUAAAAGGUGGUAACAAUUUUAAAAGUGUUGGUUUUAUUUCAGCCAAAAUAAUUAAUGAAAAUAAUAUUCAAACUGCAAAGGAUAAGAUGCGUAAUAUACCUAAAACGAGUAUUAAAGAGAAGAAAAAAUCUUUAUUAAAAAUUAAAUGCUUGUUAUUAUCUACGCUCUUGAGAUUAUUAAAUUGGCAAGAUCGCUAG